AAUAAAGUUUUCCAUAUUACAAUACGAAUUCAAAUAUUCGUCAGCUACGAAUCUUUUAAAAAUCUGAAAAACAUAUGUUUUUCAGAUUUAUAUUAUUUUACAAUAUUGUAAUUGUUAUGAGGAAUAAACCCCACACUUUUAAGUCAGAAGAAGUAUGUCCAUUUAAAGAAGUUGCAAUAAACCAAGGAAGAAGAAAAUAAUACUAAAAGUAUAAAGUUAUUCCCUGCGACCGUAGGAAUCGUUAGCUCAAAAUGUGGAAGUUUCGCUCCAAAAGGCAUUUUUGCAGAUGUAAGAUAUCAGAGUCGUUCAUUAGUAAUGUCGUCAAAGAUUGAUUUGAAAAGCGGUAGCUUUUCAGAAUUCAAUGGGACGAAAAAUGAGAGCUCAAAGAUGGCCAAAACUGUGGAACAUAACAGAUUAUGUAUGUUGAUAACAGGCCCAUCCACUACACAUUAUUUGCAGAUCUAAUGCAAAACAGAAAAACAAUUACUGUCAAAGAUCCAUAGCACUCCGACCCGGAAGGAAUCCGAAGGAAUCCCACUAAAUCCUUCAAUCUAUCAAUUGCAAUGAACGGAACCGAGUAGCUUAAGGGAUCAACGCGGGAAAAUCUCACCAGCCGAGCUUGUUCAAAUAUUUACUGUUUCCGACGUAAAAGCGGGAAAACCGGGAGCCCAAAACUUGCAAUCGAAAGUGCUGAAACAUGUUUCCUAUUGGUUCGAGUGGUAAUUCAACCAUACGCUGAGUUUGUUUUCCCCGGAAAAUUUCGGUACAUGGUUGGAUGCCGAAGGAAAGACGUCUGUCAGUGGCAGCUGAGAGAUUUUCCGAUAAAAUGAUAGAACUUUGGCAGGGCUGAGAGAGGUGUUAAUUUAAUAGAUUUUAAAGUUUGUAGCUUAUUUCAAUUUAAAACAAAAUUAAAACUAAAAACUUCAAAUGCAUUUUUUUACUUCAUAUUUUCCUUAUGUGAACUCAUUAAAAAUGUCGAAAAUAUUAAUAGGUGUUUUUAUAAAUAUUUUCAAUUUUCUUUUAGUUCUUUUUAGCGAAUGAACCCAGCGAAUCAUAUUAAAAUUUUAUUUGACAAUACCCAACACCAUGGCCAUGGAUCCGUUUGUGGGCUCUUUAGGUGCAUCGAAAGAAAAAAACAUUCGCAUAAAUUUCCCCGUGGGCUAAAAGGUUUUUGACCCCUAAACAUAUGCAAACAAAAUUAUUCCUUCAAUGAACAUAAAGAGCUCACAGAAAGAUAGAUGAUGAGAAAUUUUGGCGGAAAUUUUGGUCACUAUCCGGAUUUGAAAUUUGUUUAUCUUAUUUGAAGUUUAAGUCUUAUUUUGAAUGUUUUGAUAAUAUUCAUUAUCUACUAAUGCGUUUUUUUUUAUAAAAACUGCCUAUGGCUUAAACAAUCAAUACACAAGGUCUGCUGAUUAAGCUCCAAGCGAACAGAAACGAAUUUCUUUCAUUCUAUAGUGACAAUAUAAAUUUUGUAGAUUUACUCAAAAAACUAAUGUGUGAAAAUUUCAGCUCAAUCAGACUUUAUUUUGAGGUGCUUAAACUUUUCCAUUUCACAAAGGUGAUAAAUUCAAUCUGAAUCUGAUAGGAUCAGGAACAGAAAAACCAAAACUAAAUUUCUAGCCAUCAAAGUUGAAAAUGGUAUCACUUGAAAAUUAACUUGUAAUCUUAGAUGAAAACCUGUAAUAAGGAACAUUUUCAAUAAAAAAAAAAUCAGAAGAUUCAUGUUGCGAAACUUUUAUAAUGUAAAUCAGUUUCUGCUGUCCGUCAGCUUCAGAAUAAAUAAAUUUUGGCAUCUUUGCCACCCAUGUUCUACACGGAAAAAUUGAGUUAUACAUAAAAUGUGUUGAGAAUAUACUUUCGUUUAGACUAAUCGAUUGAUGCUCAGAAUUUGUAUAUUCCCAAUUCAAUUCUGAGUAAAUUUGGGUUGCCAAUAUUCAAAUAGAAACUAAAACUCGAUUACGCAGCUCUGUAUAAAAAGUAGUUGUUGUUGCAAUGCUUUUGGCAGGGGAUGUCAUAGCAAAAAGCUCAUCCGAAAAAUGGUUUUAUGAGUAUCUCAAAUACUUAAAUCGUUAAUAAACGUCUUUAAAUUAAGCAGAAGGACAUUAUUCGUUUGUUGCUUCGGGAUCCCAUUUGAAAGGGAAUAGGAAAUGUACAGAAAUCGCGUAAGUACUUUGAUUUUUUUAAAUUUUCACUCACGCCAUUUUGCCUCAUAAGAAAUGAUUGGUUGAAACAUUUGAAACAAUUUCAUUCAUAUUUGUAGGUUGCGAGGAACACAGGGAGGUUUAAAAAAAAAUGUUCCGGCACGAUUUAUACUAAGUGGUGGAGGACGGACAGCAACCGAAACUCAACGGAUCGGAAUACAAAGAAGAAAAACUAGACGUUAACCUACAUGAAGGUUCACUAAUAAUUGCUAAAAGAAGUUAACGUUCCAAAAAUGGUUCAAAGUAAACAGGAAUAAAAUGAGCCUGAUAGAUCGGAAAAGAUAAAAGCCGGAAGAAUUCUCGUGCAUUGCAAUGAAGGGUCUGCUGAUUACCUGUAACCAGAUGUCGGCCGAGUAUCUGUUCAUGACGGACAAACUGUACGACAUCAGCUACGAUACCGGUGACAAGGUCAUCCAGUGCGGUCGCCAUAACGACAUCUUCAAGCUGUGGCUGCAGUGGCGCUCCAAGGGCAAUGAGGGCUUCGAACAGCACAUGGAUCAUCUGAUGGAGCUGACCGAGUACGAGGUCCGACGAAUCAAGGAACAGAAAGACAAGUUCUAUCUGAUACUGGAACCGGAGCUGGUUAACGUAUCGUUCUGGUAUAUCCCCAAGCGCCUUCGGGGAGUCCCGCACGAUGCCAAAAAGGAGCAGGAACUGGGUAGAUUGUGCCCCAUCAUCAAAUCACGCAUGAUGCAGUCCGGAACAUUGAUGGUCGGUUAUCAGCCGGACGAUCGCCGUCCCAACUUCUUCCGGUCAAUCAUCUCCUCGAUAGCAGUCACCAAGGACGAUGUAGAUUUCAUGCUCAACGAAAUUGACCGUCUGGGUCAGGAUCUGUAAGAAGUGGGAGCGAUGACUUAGCAAUACUUUUUUUUCUUGAACCAGUGUCCUCCGGAUGCUUGCCGUUUUAAAACUUAACGAAACGAAUUUUAGUGCACAGUAUUGUAAGCUGCUGGAUUCGUCUAUAAUGAAACCGUACAUUGGAAUCAAAAUCAAUCCAGCAUACAUUUGAACAACCAAGAUGUAUCAGUUAUAAUAACAUAUCACACAUCAAAUUUUUCGUGUAAUUGCAAUUAUUUGUUGUUAAGUUGAGCAAUAGUUUAAUAACUGCAACUCCAAUAUGUUAUAGCUUUAAAAUGAAAAUAUACCAAAGCUUUUGUUGCAUAAAUGAAUGUUGUGUCAGAACGCAUAUCGAAGUAUACUGCACGUAACUAUUCGCCAUGUGGCAAAUUAGGAUCAGUCGUGGAAAAAUCUCACAUAACAACAAUUGUUCAAAUAUAGUUUAAUAAUCCCUUUUAAGUGAUAUUCCGAUGACAAUUUUAUCUUUUCUUGUUUUAAUUGGAAGGUCCGAAGCAACAAAGUCUAUGAAACAAAUUAAACAUAUUAUACAAAUUUACUGACAAUUGACUGUUACCAAAAAGCAGAAGAAAUUAUAUAUAUACAUAAUAUAUAUACAUGGUAUAUACAACAACUAAAUACAUUUUCCAUUGACUGUACAUGUGGUUCUGUUCAUCCUGCAUCACAAUAUAAGAAAAAAAUCAAAUAAAACGGAAAUUGUCGUACCUUGAACACAUACUUACACCCACGCACGCAUUUGUUACCGUUACGAUUAGAGAGCGUAUUAUGAUCACACCUUAUCCUGCGAGCUUUAUCCCAAGCUUCGAAUCAACAAAAGCAAAUAUGCCAAACCAUU